AUUGGAGUAUUAAAAAGCUAGAGUGGGGCCUUGAAAUACCAUCAUCGAACCAAUCUCAGUGUCGUUUAAAAGCUUCAACUUCACCUCACCAUACCAAUUCUACAAGGAACCUUCAGCCUUUUGUAGUCUUCUUCUUCUCCAACCAAUCUUUCUCUCUCUUACUCAUCUUCGAUCCCCCAGAAAAUUCAGGUAUUAUGGACGUCAGGGUUGGGCUUGUGGUUCUCUUGGUUGUGGCCGGUACUUUGGGGUGUGAUGCUAGAAAUCAUCAUCUUUCAGGGAUUGCAGGUGUGUCAAAACUUGGUGGACUGCGUGGUCCUGGUGAACAUCGAGGGCCUAUUGAUGUCUGUACUAUGUGUGAAGAGUAUACCACAUUGGCUGUUGAUUACCUCAGCCAAAACAAGACCCGGGAUGAGAUUAUGGAGUCUCUUCACAAGGCCUGCAUGCAAAUGCAUGGUUUGGCGAAGCAGUGCACAACAUUGGUGAAUUACUACGCUCCUCUUUUCUUCUUGGAGGUUUCAUCAGUUGAACCUGAAGGAUUUUGUAAGAAAGUUGAUCUUUGUAGAAAUACUAUGGUAUCAUCCAUGCCUGAAAAGAGAAACAAGUGUGAUCUUUGCCAUAGAGCUGUUGACGAAGCUCUUGAAAAGUUGAAUGAUCCUGACACUGAGCUAGAGGUCAUCCAGCUGCUACUGAAGGCAUGCAACAGUGUAGGAAAGUUGACUAAGAAGUGUAAAUCCAUGGUUUUCGAGUUCGGACCUCUGAUCCUCGUUGACGCAGGGAAGUUUAUUCAGAAUGUUGACCUCUGCUCCACAUUCCACGCAUGCAGUAGGUACAACACCGGCAAACAGCAACAGUCAGUUGAGGGAAGAAUUGAAAUGGUGACUUCAUCUUAAAUAUCCCGAUGUCAAUUUGUAUAAAGUUUCUCUGAAACAAAGUGAUUUUCAUUCAUUAUAAACAUGUUUAUGGUAUGUAUAUUUUACAACCAGGAACACCCUCAUAUUCUCUUGUAUAAAAUCCACUCAAAAAGCUGCUGUAAUCUUUAUUUUCUGUUUUGAAUUUUUAGUAUUUCUGCCUUUUCUCCACUA